AUGGAUUAAAUCUAUAGCAAUCGUUGUAAAAUAAUUGACCAUGAAGAGUUGGAAAAAGAUUAAAUUUGUUUAGAAGAUGAAUGCUAGUUUUUAAAAAUGUGCCUUUAUUGUAGAUUGGCGCAUAAUUAAAAUCAUAAAAUAAUUAAAAUAAAAUAAUUCAUUGAUAAAAUAACAAACAUUCAGGAUCCUGUUGCUAUAAAAGAGAAGCAUUACAAUAAAAUUAUUGAAAUAUUUAAUUAAAUACAAAAGCAGGUUAACAUUUAUAUUGAUAGUUAGCUGGAAUAAACAAAUUUUUUUAAGGAGUAUGCAAAAUUUUCAGAAUAAAAAAUCAAACUUAAAGAAACUAAUAUUUAAUAUCUUGAUUCAGCAACUAUGAUAUUUUUAAAUAAGAUUUCUAAUUUUUAUGAAGAGGAUAUUCUAAAAUCAAGCUUUUUAAAUGAUAAUAAUAAACAGAAAAUAGUGGAUGCCAUUAAAAACUAAUUUAUUUAACUAAAUAAUUAAAAUUUCUAGACUGAAAAAGUUGAUAAUAAUAAUGAAUUAAUUUUAGAUGAGAUUUUCAAUCAAUCAGAAAUUUAAUAAGCUGAGUUAGAAUAAAAAAAAAAAAUUAUUUAAUAAUUAGAAGAAAGCAAUAAAUCUUUACAAAAUUAAAUUGAUGAUUUAGAAAAAUAAAUGAAAGAUAAAGAUAAUUUACAUAAAGAAUUUCUAGAGAAAUAACAGUAAUAAAUAAACCAAGAAAAUAAUCAGUCUUUACAAAAUUAAAUUUAAAGUUUAGAAAAAUUAAUUAAAGAUAAAGAUAAUUUACAUCAAGAAUUUGUUGAGAAAUAAGAGUUAAAAAUAAACGAAUUGUAAAUGUAAACUAUGUUAUUUUAAGAUGAGAUCAAUACUUAAGUUCAGAAGGUUAAAGAUGUUGAAAAUGAAAAAAGUGUUUUAAAAAUUCAAUUAGAUGAAAUGUGUUAAUACUUAUAAACAAUAUUAGUUUUAAAAUAAUAAGAAUAAAUUUAAUUAGAGUUAGAAAAUAAUAAAAAAAAUGAUGAGCAAAAACAAAAAGAGUUAAUUCAAAAACAUGAUGAUAUUUUGAGAGAAUAUGUUAAAAAGAUUGAAUAAAGAGAUUAAGAAAUAUAAAAUUUAUAAAAACUUUUAGAAGACCAAGAUUUCGAAAGCAUCCUAUUCCUAAAAAUAUCUUAAAAUAAUGAAAAUGAAGACUUAAAAGCACUUUAAAUUGAGUAAAAAAACCAGGAAGUCAUUAAAUCAGCUGAGUAAAGUAUUAAAAAUAUAAUUAAUCACUUUAAACUUAAAUAAAAGUGA